GGCUGAAGGCGGUGCUAGGGAGGCUGCAGAAGGAAAAUCUCAAAGUAAAGUUGUCAAAGUGUGCCUUUUUUCAACAGGAGGUCCAUUACCUGGGUCAUGUAAUUUCUGAUAAGGGUGUCUCCACAGAUCCAAGUAAGGUAGAAGUGGUGGCCAAUUGGCAACCUCCAAGUACCAUCUCAGAGCUACGUUCGUUCUUGGGUUUUGCCAGCUACUACCGUCGGUUUGUGGAGGGAUUUGCCAAAUUGGCUGCACCACUUCAUAAACUAGUGGCUGAAAGUGGAAGCACCAAACUCAAGAAGAAACAGGACCAAGGGGUCCUGGAUCAUUGGACUGAGGUUUGUCAAAACAGUUUUGAGGCCCUAAAGAAAAAGCUUACCACUGCACCUGUCCUCGCUUAUGCUGAUUUCUCUCUUCCAUUCAUACUGGAAGUUGAUGCAAGCCAUGGGGGGCUUGGGGCUGUGCUUUCACAGGAGCAAGGAGGCAAGGUGAGACCAAUAGCCUAUGCGAGCAGAGGAUUGAGACCUCCUGAACGGAAUAUGGCCAAUUAUAGUUCUAUGAAACUAGAAUUUUUGGCACUUAAGUGGGCCAUGACUGAAAAGUUUCGGGAGUAUUUGUUAGGUCAGAAGUGUAUUGUCUACACAGACAAUAAUCCGUUAAGACACCUCUCCUCUGCUAAGCUGGGUGCUACAGAGCAGCGCUGGGCUGCGCAGCUAGCAUCUUUUGACUUUGACAUAAAGUACCGUUCAGGUAAAAGUAAUAAGAAUGCCGAUGCAUUAUCUCGCUUGCAUUCUCCUGGGGUACAGGAUUUGGAAGCUAUGCUCCCAAGUACUUUGCUUCCUAAGCCUUUGCAACAAGCCUUGGGGAAAAAUAGAACUGAAGUAACUCAGGCUGCCGAGCGUAGAAAAAAAAAUAAUGACCAGCGUGUAAAAGAUGCUCCACUGAAAGAGGGGCAGUUUGUAUUGCUUCGGCAGCUCGGUGCAAGGGGGCGCCACAAGAUCCAGGAUGUAUGGGGUUCUGUAGUGCAUAAAGUUCUCAAAGCACCUAAGGAAAGGGGCUCUGUAUACACUAUUGCACCUGUAGAUGAUGAGUUAAAGAUUAAAACUGUUCAUCGUACCAUGUUGAAACCAGUGGUUUGGACUGGGUCUCCAGUUGGGUCUGUUCUUAGUUCACCCUUACUUGAUCAGUUGCCAUCAGAGGAAGAUCUGUCAGAUGAAGGUGAUUUCUUGGUGAUGCGUGUAAGGUCGUUAUCUCCUCCCCCAGCACAGGGUGCUGUAGUGACCCAACAAACUCCUCAUCCAUGGGCUACCGUUCAACCAGAUCAAGAACUGCCUGGUCCUUCUAGGAUUCAGGGCCCUUUGGAGGUGGAGUUACCAUCACUCCCCCAACCUGCUACUAGUAGGGAAAGUGUGCGGCGAACCCAGAGAGCAACUGCAGGUCAGCACUCAAAUGUGCAUCAUCUCCCCAGACCAGCAGGGGCCCCCGAACAGCAGGUUGGGUACCUACCUGAUCCAGUAUUAAACACGGUAACAGCUGUUUUUAGACCAUGGUGUUAGCUAAAUUUUGGUUUGAUUGUCGGGGCGACAAUUCUUUUUGGGGGGGUGGAAUGUAGCAGUAUGAAGCCUGCCCCAGGAUUGAAGACACCUGGCACCUAAUCACCUGAGUGGGUGUGAGUAUAAAGGCAGACUCCCUCGCAUUCUCUUUUCAUGCCUGCAUUUGGUCACUUCAGUGGAAUGUCUGCUGGUUAACUUGCAGUGGUCAAACUCAAUCCGGAAAUGGUAAGUAAUGUUUCUCCUUCUGUACAAGAUCUCAAUUUGAGUUGGCUAAUUCAGAUUGUUUAAAUUUAGAAGCUGCCUGAAGCCUCCUGUUGAUACUGGGAUGUGGCAGUAAUUUACCCUUCCUAGUACAAUUUGGCAACAUCAAAAAGGGUAUGUACCUUUAUUGCACUGCACCCAUACAGUUCAACACCACAAAAUAACAAUAAAUUGUGCAUAGCUUGUAUUGACAAGUGGAUCCUUCUGCUGUGGGUCCGGAAGGGGCUCUCUGGUUGAAGUGGCGUUAUCCAGCCCUGGUCUAGAGCUGCUGCAGCCUGCUGGAAGCCCUGCUGCUUUGUUUUUGCUUUGUUUUUGCUUUGUUUUUGCUUUGUUUUUGCUUCCAGCUUGGCUGGGUGUGACUGCUGUGGUUUUUUUUUUAGACCAUAUAAUCGAACUGCUGAUUUUAAUAACUGGAUGUAUCAGCAUGCAACCUCAUUUUAGCACCCAUGUGUAAAUUGUAGUGUCUUUUCUUUGUUUUGUAUUUGGUUUGUGUAACCCCACCCUUUUGUUUCCAGGCUGGGAGCUGAAGGCAGUGGGGGGGCAUCCAGAGGGACUGGACAAGUGUGCUGUGCGAGUGACCGGUGUUGGGAUUUCUUCACGGAUUGAGUGUUUAUUCACAAGUGCUUGGGGUGAUUUAUUAAUUUGUUUAGGCCCAGUUUCCACAUGUGGCUUGCCCUCCCCUCUGCUGGUAGGCCCCAGCACUGCACUCCCUCUCCUAUUGUGCUCCUUGGAUUUUACUGGCUUUUAAAAGGAGAGAAACAAUAAAAUUAAUAAUUUUUUGUAUUAAAAAGAAGUCUUGUUCUCCUUGGGUACAAACCCAUCUAUUUCCUUGGGCGCAAUUCCCAAGGUGGCGCUGUGACACCUGCUGGCUACCCUGCUUUGAAGGGCAGAGUAGCCGCUUCUCCCACUCGUGCUGCCACAACAUCUAACUCUACAAGACACUUUUAACUCUUGCUGGAUGACUCAUUGACUGCAAUCUGCAACACAAAUCCUGUCUGGUUCACAUGUCAACUGAUGCCAGAAGAAUUGAAGUUGGAGGUAUAAUUCAUUAGCAGCUCUUUAGUUAGCCGGUGGUUGAAGUUCGUCCUUUAAUCAGUGGGUUGCCUGUUCAUUUUUGUGUUUUCAACCAUUCAGAGGUGGACUUGCUGCGGUGCUAAGGCUUGGUAUUUUGAGGUAUUAGUAUUUCUAAGUGAUACUAAAAUAAUAAUUCCAUCUUAAAAUAUAAUCCUUUGUUAAACUCUAAACAGAGAGAAUGUGCAGA